AAUAGUUUCUUUGGGGCUACGAGUUGGAGACUUCGAGCCGCCGCUCUCCCUCUCCUCUCCGCAUACUCCCAUGGCGACCGAGCUCGACGAACUCCUCGGCUUUCUCUCCUCCCCUUCCCCCCAAGUGAAGAAGGCGGCGGUGGACAUUGUUCGGGGCCUGACGGGCUCCGACGAGGGCCUCCUCCCCCUUGCCGCCCGCGCCGACGUCGCCCUGCCCGCCCUCUCCCGCCUCAUCCGCGACUCCCCGGAGCUGUCCGUUCCCGCCGCCGAAGCCCUGAUCAACCUCUCCCAGAACCCUACCCUCGCCGACAAGCUCGUCUCCCUCGGCGCCGUCCCCACAGCCAUGGAUACUCUCUACAAGCACUCCGAUCAAAAAGUCGCUCGGCCCCUCAUCAUGCUCCUCGCCAAUCUCACCCAAGUGGACUCUGGCAGCGCCGCCCUCCUUCAGGUUGGAGAUGAUAAGAUGGAAGGGUUGUACAUCUCGAAGCUUGUUAGAUCAUUCUGUAGGUCAUCUUCUGUUGAGUCAACAGCUGAAGAUACCUUCGAGCAUGUCGCUUCGAUACUUGUGAACAUCUCAAAAGUGCAAGCUGGAAGGAAGGUUCUAUUAGAUCCCAAGCGUGGUCUUUUGAAACAGGUCAUUCGUCAGUUUGAUUCAACAAAUCUGCUAAGAAAAAAAGGGGUAUCUGGAACCAUCAGAAAUUGUUGUUUUGAAGCUGAUAGUCAAUUACAGAAUCUGCUUUGAUAUCAGAGUUUCUAUGGGCCUGCUCUGCUUCUGCCUGUAGCUGGAAAUAAGGUUUAUAGUGAUGAAGAUAGGUCAAAAAUGCCUCUGGAGCUUGGUAAUGCACUUUCUCAUGUGCCGG